AAUAAAAAGGGUACUGAGUUAUGGUUUGGAGUAGAUUGUAGGGGUAUUAAUGUGUAUGAAAGAGAUAACAGAUUAUCACCCAAGGUCACAUUUCCUUGGAGCGAAAUAAAAAAUAUUUCGUUUAAAGAUAAGAAGUUUACAAUCAAAAAUGUUGAUAAAAAGGCUCCAGAUUUUAUGUUUUAUGCUCCUAAGUCAAGAAUCAACAAACUUAUAUUAGAACUAUGUGUUGGUAAUCAUGAUUUGUUUAUGAGAAGAAGAAAACCAGACUCAAUGGAA